AUGGCCGUGCGCCGCCGCCUCGCUCUGCUCCCGGGUUUGGCGCUGCUCCUGGCCGCGGCCUGCCCGGCCGCUGACGCCACCUCCGAUGUACUAGAGCUCACGGACGACAACUUCGAGCGGCGCGUGGCCGAUACAGGCAGUGCCGGCCUCAUGCUGGUGGAGUUCUUCGCGCCCUGGUGUGGACAUUGUAAGAGGCUUGCCCCAGAAUAUGAAGCUGCAGCAACCAGGCUAAAAGGAAUUGUUCCUUUAGCAAAGGUUGACUGUACUGCCAACUCAAAUACCUGUAAUAAAUAUGGAGUCAGUGGCUAUCCUACUCUGAAAAUAUUUAGAAAUGGUGAAGAAUCAGGUGCCUAUGAUGGCCCUCGAACAGCUGAUGGAAUUGUGAGUCAUCUGAAGAAGCAGGCAGGACCUGCCUCAGUUCCUCUCAUGAGUACAGAAGAUUUUGACAAAUUCAUUAGUGAUAAAAGCGCUGCUGUGGUGGGUUUCUUCAAAGACUUAUUCAGUGAUUCUCACUCUGAGUUCCUAAAAGCAGCCACAAACUUGAGGGAAAACUACCGCUUUGCACAUACCAAUGUUGAUGCUCUGGUGAAGAAGUAUGAUACUGAUGGAGAGGGUAUCACUUUGUUCCGACCUGCACAUCUAGCUAACAAAUUUGAGGAAAGCAGUAUACCUUACACAGAGGAAAAGAUAACUAGUGGCAAAAUUAAAAAAUUUAUCCAGGAAAACAUUUUUGGUAUUUGCCCGCAUAUGACUGAAGACAACAAAGACUUACUCCAGGGCAAAGAUCUACUUGUAGCUUACUAUGAUGUGGACUAUGACAUGAAUGCUAAAGGUUCCAACUACUGGAGAAACAGAGUAAUGAUGAUAGCCCAGAAAUUCUUAGAAGCUGGACAGAAACUCAACUUUGCUGUUGCUAGUCGAAAAACUUUCAGCCAUGAACUUUCUGAAUUUGGCUUGGAAAGAACCUUUGGAGAGGUGCCUGUUGUUGCUAUCAAAACCGCGAACGGAGAGAAAUAUGUUAUGCAAGAGGAGUUCUCUCGUGAUGGGAAGGCCCUUGAGCGGUUCUUGCAGAAUUACUUUGAUGGCAACUUGAGGAGAUACUUGAAGUCUGAACCUAUCCCAGAGAAUAAUGAUGGACCUGUAAAGGUAGUAGUAGCUGAGAACUUUGAUGAAAUGGUUAAUUCUGAAAAAGAUGUUCUGAUAGAAUUUUAUGCCCCCUGGUGUGGUCACUGCAAAAAUCUAGAACCCAAGUACAAAGAAUUGGGAGAAAAGCUCAGCAAAGACCCCAAUAUUGUCAUAGCAAAGAUGGAUGCUACAGCUAAUGAUGUGCCUUCUCCAUAUGAAGUCAGAGGCUUUCCUACUAUCUACUUCUCUCCAGCCAAUAAUAAGCAAAAUCCACGAAAAUAUGAAGGUGGCCGAGAAGUUAGUGACUUUAUUAGCUACCUACAAAGAGAAGCUACAAAUCCUCCUGUGAUUCAAGAGGAAAAACCCAAAAAGAAGAAGGCAGAGGAAGAUCUUUAAAGUAGCAGCCAAAACCAGACCACUUUGUAUAAGGACUCUUUUACCAGUGAUGGGGCAGCCAGUGCCUCAAGGAUGAGUGGACAGUGUGGAUGCCAUUUGAAUCCUGUUUAAUUUUGUCUAAGCUGUUUCUUUAGGUGCACUGUUAAUGGAAACACCAGGACUAGUUGAUAUUUGUUUGUGAUUUGGGGGGGUGGGGGAGGAUUAUUUGUGUUGAGGGAAUAUUGUGGGGAUGGGGAGGGAGUUGAGCCCAGGGUUAUUUUCUAAUUUUUUUUUGUACAUUUGGAACAAUGACAAUAAAUGAGCCCCCUUUAAACUUAGUUUUUGGGGGGUGGGGGAUGGAGGUAAUGUUGGCAGUUAGAUGUAAAGCAUUACCUUAUGCCACAUAACUAGCCUGAUGUAAACACACAAUUGUCCCCAUGUUUACUACCCAGGCAUUUUUCUUAUGAUUAUCAAAGAUUUUGACUCUUUUUUUCUCAUGGAUUCUUCCCAGCCCUGCUCAUGUCCUAAUGGGCAAGUUGCUGUUUAUCCUUUAGGCACCUGGGACCAUUGCUUGUUUAUACCUCCCUAGGGCUGCUCUUAGCCCAGGAGUCCUGCUAUUGCAGUUCCUGAGCUUGGGUGUGGCUUUAGUUUGGGGUUUAUUCCAAACUGUUACUGGAACUGCUGAUACUAAUAUGGGUGCAGUUCUAUGCAUCCUACAGUCUAGGGUGUGGUACAGUAAACUCUUAUUUGUAGGGACUGGUAAUGGUAGAAAUAUUCUCAGGGCAUCCCUUUUCCUCCUGCUAUAAUGCUCUAUAAAAAAAAAAAGGAUGGACCUAAGUGGUGCAUUUCAUUUGCUAUAGAUAAAUGCAAGAUUAUUAUUGUGUGUUAUCAUAGGUAAGACCUAGCUGCUCCCUCCUCGGGUGUAGUUUUCAGAUCAUUCAAAUAUGAUAGCUAGAGACUGACUUGGGAAGUAAUCUCGGUCAAGACAAGCUUCUUCAUUCACUUAACUUUGUUUGUGUUAAGUAGAUAGCAAUUGUGAUAUCCUCCUCCACAAGCCUGUUCCCACCUUUGGAAUGUUUGACAACAGAUCAAUUUGUACAAAUCACACAAGAGCAGUCAUCAUUUGUUUUACAGCCAUGUUUCUUAAAUUCACUAAACAUUCCACUAUCUCCACAUAGGCUGUUUUCAAACCCUGCCCUCAGUACACUUGAGGGGAAAUGAGUUGUAAACAACUCCUAAGCAGCUGUUAUUCUGGUCUCUUAGGGUGUAUCACAAAAUUAGUUUUUACCAUUAAGUCCCCUCAGUAUCUUUUCUUAGAGGUGGUCUUCAUCUCCACUUAUCAGGGAUAUCAGAGUGGUGGUGAGGAUGAAGAAACUGAUGUUCUUGGGUAUAGCUGGGAAGGAAUGGCACUAUGCCAACAUAAUCUGGAUAGCAUCAAGUAAAUAUCAUAGUAACAAUAGAAACCAAACCCCUUGAGGAUUUGUAGUAGCACCUGCUUCCAACCCCCCACCCCCCUUCCUUAAGUGAGGAGAUCAGUAGUAGACUCCGAUGCCUAAAUCAUUUGUUUCGUAGCCACCCUGUUUAUCAGCAUCUCACCAGAGGGACUUGGGCCCUCUUGACAAGCCUUAGCUGUCUCUGUUCUUCUCAAAUUCUAGAAUGAGGCUUUUGAUGUGUGACAACUUCUGGUGCAGGUACUCACAUCGCUGUUUUUCUUCCUUGUAACCUGGACACCGCUGCAGAGACAAAGCUAAUAUCUUAGAUUCCUUACUUCCUUUCAGCUUCUCUUUUAUCUACCCCUGAUCCCAAUCAUACCUUCCUGAAUUUUCUGUAUUCUUGGACUAUCUUAUCUUCCAGCACCUGAAACAAUAAGAAAAACAUGACUAACCCCAAGUUGAUCCUCAAGUUCUCUGAAAGGGAGGUAAAGGCUCUUUUCUUUUUUAAAUUCUGUAUAAUCUAGAUGUACUUUUCUCCCAAAAUAGUGUAGUGAGUCAGUUUACUAGUUAAUGAGUCCCUUUUUUUGAAAAGGUUUUGCCUACCUUGUGUUCAGGCGUGCCUCGUUGUACUCUCUUGAUCUCCAUUCCCAACUGCAUGAAUCUCCGGCUGACAGCCCCAACACGUGCAUGUAGGGCCCGAUAUUCUGCAUAAUCUGCUUCAAAGUCUUUCUCAUAGACAUGACAUUGUUCAGCAUUGUGGAUGGCUCCAUACUGCCUGCCAAAGUUGGAAAGUCAUCCUUACUCAACUGCCUCCAAAUGUCAUUUCUCAACCCCAGGAAGAGAGGGCAGGAGGGGAAAGGUCACUUAGGGACAAUGAUAGAAGGGAUAAGAGACUCACAGGAAGUAGUCUGGUGUUUCUCCAGGAAGCAGUGAUUGUGGGCCUGGUGAAGAAACAAUGCUGAACAGAAAAUGUAGUAGUAUUCUCUUUAAACUUUAGGAACCUUAACCCCUAUUAACAUUACCUGCUUGUGCUGGGGAUCUGUGUUCCUGCCUGGGAGCUACAUCACAAUCUUCUUUUUCCCAUUCUCCUUCUUGUGGAUCAUGCCUGGGAAGCUCCUGUGGGGAGCUUGAGCCUCUGGGCUUCUUGUCCUCUGGUUCUGGUAUGUCUGUGCGGGAGUGUCUUUUCUGAGAAAAGUUUAAAAUAUAGGUCAUCAGCAGUCUUGGAUCUGGCAGAUACCUCCCCCCUCUCUACCCUAACUAGUUAUAUAGUAGAAUUCUGGAAGUUGACUAAUCUACAUGUUUAUAUUCUAAAACUGAGAGGGUUCAUGCCCCAAACAAUAUAGGAGAAUUUCAUGAAGCUCAUUCAGUUAAUACAGUAUUGAAGACCAGUGGGUACCUGUUUUAUUCUUUGCAUGACUUUGGUCAUGUUAUUGAAUCUUGGUUUCCCCAUCUGUAAAAUUGAGCAUGUCAUCUGAGGGUGGUGCUCUUGUAAGUACCAUGCUACAGUGAAUUACCCAGGGUGGUAUUGUGGCAAUAGCAUUGAAUUUGGAGUCAGCCUAUUUUUAGCUCUUGCCUCUUUUAUUUACUGUCUCUGGCCUUAAGUCGCUUCUGGGCCUCAGUUUCCUCUAUAAAUGAGGGCACUGAAUGAGAUGACCUCUGAGAUCUUUUCCAGCUUUAAAUACAUAACCCUGUAAAUAAUCACUUACCAUGUUCAAGUGCCUCUGGCUGGAAGAUGAAGAGGAUCUCUGAUCUGGCCCCUUUGUGGGGUGGGAACUCUGGUCCCUACAAUGUGAAAACGGUGGAAACUGAUUUGAAACUUAAAGAAUGCUUUUGGAUUUCUUGCUACAGGGAUUUAGGGAGGAUAUAAGGAAGCCAACACUGCCUUCUUCCCUUUCUGCCCCUCCUAGUUUCCCCUAGUACCUCAGUACCCACUGUGCCCGAUGAUCUCUGGAGGAUCCUGGCUGUGCCUCUUGAUUGUUGUCUAGGGGAUCCAGCACCUUGUGAGGAGGUGACACUGGCUUAGAUUGGCAGCAGCAAUGUCAAUCUGGAGCCCCUUGACUCCUGGGCCUCUUAAGUCUUUAUUGUAACCCCAUCACUCCUGGCCUCACCUCUUCUAGCUGGGGUUGAGGUUUUGUAUCCAAUCCACUGCUGUGCUGGCUCCCUGUUUCCCCGGCACCUUCAUCCUGUUGAUGUCCCCGAAGUGAAGAUGAUACUGGCACAAAAUCUACAGCAGAACAGAUGGUAAUUCGCUCUCGAAGAGGACCUAAGCACUGAAGCAGUCCUGGUCCAGAUCUGAAGGAGAGUGGAGGAAAGGAGAAAAGCUUAAUAAAUCUAAAGGAUUCAACAUUUAAA